AUGCUCAAGGCACAGGAGGGUAAGAAGCAUAGAUGGGAUGAGAAAUGUGGCGAGGUCACGGUUGGUGCCUUGUAUCAUGUCAAAGAAGGUGGGAAGAAAACCGAGAUCGGGGACAUCAAGGGCGAGAAUGGUGACGCAGCGUCAAUUGUCUCUUUCAAGCAUAAAGGCGGGAAAGCGGACGACCCUCCGAAGCAUCAACUUCAAGCCAAGAACAAGGCGAACCAGCGAAAGUGGAAAGCACUCCAAAAGCCGACAAGCCCCAAGACAGUACUCACAAGGAAGAACCUUCAUCGGCCUUGGCUCAAAACAAACCAGCAAAGGUUGAAGGGAGCAGCGGCGGCGGUGGCGACGGCGGUGAUCAACCACAGGACAGUCAAGCUCAAACGGAAUCAUCAACAAACAGAGGAGGACGAGGCAAAGGUAGAAGACGAGGCAGAGGUAGAGGAGGCAGAGGAGGAGGAGGAGGCAGAGGAGGAGGAGGGGGCGGAAAUGGAUAAAAUAAUAUCGGGGGAGGUCAACCGGUUAGCGGAAGCUGAAGUCUUUCGUUUUUGGACUGAAGAUAGAAAUAUAUUAGAUAAAGCACAAAAGAACUGUCUUAGUCUUCGCAUUCAUUCUGUUAGCGGUGAAAGUCAUGUUACCGAGAAUCUUCUGUAUUGGCUAUAA